CGGGGCGGGCGUUAGGACCCGGAAGAGGAGCAGGAAGCAGUAGCGGCCGGCGGACAGACUGUCAUGGCGGACCAAAACAAGCCAGAAAGCGCAGAUAACUUCUUUAAUGAAAUAUUAAGUCCAUGUGAGCUGUUUGCAGCCCGCUCCAGGAGCCAUAAGAUCCCGGCCCGAGGGCAGAAGGAUUUCUAUCCGGAUGACUCGGAGGAGCAAAAGCAGCGGCUGCAGCAGCGCCUGGAUGAACACUGGAGUCUCAUUUCAGAGGAGCGGGUCGAGAGGCUAGGAAACCUGGUGAAAGCCGUCUGGAGUCCCAGUGAGCGGAUUGUGGAGCUUCAGACUCCUGCUGGCAAGUUUUGGCAGACGAUGGGUUUUUCUGCAGAAGGGAAGCAGUUCCUCCUCCCUGAAGAGGCGCUCUACCUGAUGGAGUGUGGCAACCUGCAGGUGUUCCAUCAGGACCUGCCGCUGUCCAUCCAGGACGGCUACGAGGCGUUCCUGUCCUCAGACUCUGUGAGUCUGCAGCAGUAUCAGGUGUUCGGUCAUCUGAAGCGCCUCGGAUAUGUGGUGCACAGGUUUGAUCCCAGCUCCGAGCCGUCGCCCUACGCCCGGCAGCUGAGCCUGCCUCGGUCCCGGGACCGCGGGCGGAGGCAGCUGAAGAGGAAACGCAGCCCCAGCCCGGCGCCCACGUCCAGUAAAACAGCAGCAGCGUCUCAGGCUGAGGAAAUGGAGGAGGAAGAUAAACUACCUGAGUCCCACCUGGUGGCCUCAGCGGCGCCUCAGACUUCCUCCUCCGGCGCGGCAGGUGAAGUUCAGGCCCGGACCUGGUGGCCGGCGGAGGUUCCCGAGCGGCAGGCGGGUCAAAGGUCAGCCCCCGGUUCUCAGCGCUGGGACUUCAGCUCCAUCUGUUUCCCUGACCUGGGCUCCGCCGGCCGCCUGGCCCCUCUGGACGCCUCGUUGCUUCCCGGCGGCGUGACGCCUGGCGUGUGCGACGUCGCCCCCUGGAUGCGGAGGAUAAACCUGCGGAAAGUGAAAAUGUCUCCGAAGGAGGAGGAGAGGGAGAGACGGCAGCGGCGGCGCGAUGUGAACAAAGACAAAGAGGUCCAGAGGUGCAGAAACUGGGCGGAGUACCACAAGCUGCUGGAGCGGCGGCAGGCGAAGCGGCAAGGUCGACCCGCUCACUUAUGGAGCGGGGAAGUUCAGCCUCUGCACGACCCGACUCGGCCCAUCUCCACCGCUGAGCUGCUGGAGAAAAUCAGCGUGAUUAAAUCGACUGACCUGCUGGAGGGAGCAGCCAGGUUAAAAGGUUCGGAGGAAUGGAGGAUUUGUUUCAAUGUUUACCAGCCGGAUUCGGUGGCUGACUUCAAAAAGAGCAACCCGGGCAAGCCGUACGCCCGCAUGUGCGUCUGCAGUUUUGACGGUCCUGUUCCUGAUCUGCGAGUCAUCAAGCAGCUUUCGUUUCAGAGUGGCGACGUUCCCGUUGUUUACGCCGCCGUGGAUCACGGAGACAUUUCCUUCUACACCUUCAAGGACUUCCAGCUGCCCAGGGACGUCUACCCCUGAGAUUCAUCCAUCCGGGAGUUUUUAAAACUUUGUGAGCUACAUAUGGAGAAAUACAGACUUUUUCAAGUUUUCAAAUGACACAAUAAACUUUUUUCCCACUUGUACCAAGAACCCUGUAAGGAAUUCAAAUGUUUACCUUGUUUUUCUUUAGUUUUUUGCCAACAGACGAUUUAUAUCAUGAGAAUUACCUGUGUUAUAUUAUUAAAUCAUUGUUUACCUGUAGUAAUCAAGUAAAUUGCAGUCUGUAAUUAAUUAAUUUCAAAAUAAGCAACAUUUUCAAUUUAACAUUUUUGCUGCUAGAUUGUUGAAUAAACAGAUGUGAGCUCGACAA